GACCAUUUGACGUUCUGGAUCCCAACUAGUGGCUACGCAUCCCCGUUGCACCAUGUCGUCUUCCCCUCGCGUGGCGCUGGUGACCGGCUCCAACAAGGGCAUCGGCUUCGCCAUCGUGCGGGAGCUGUGCCGGCAGUUCUCCGGGGAUGUGAUGCUCACAGCGCGGGAUCCAGGCCGGGGCCAGGCGGCCGUGCAGCAGCUGCAGGCCGAGGGCCUGAGUCCCCGCUUCCACCAGCUAGACAUCGACGACCCGCAGAGCAUCCGCGCCCUGCGCGAUUUUCUGGUCAAGGAAUACGGGGGGCUCGACGUGCUGGUGAACAACGCGGGCAUCGCCUUCAAGAUGAACGAUACCACGCCGUUUCCUAUUCAAGCAGAGGUGACAAUGAAAACCAACUUUUAUGGUACCAAAGCUGUCUGCGCUGAGCUGCUGCCUCUCAUGAAACCCCAAGGCAGAGUGGUAAAUGUGUCAAGCAUGGUGAGUCUCCGAGCCCUUAAGAGCUGCAGCCCAGACCUGCAGCAGAAGUUCCGAAGCGACACCAUCACAGAGGAGGAGCUGGUGGCCCUCAUGAACAAGUUCGUGGAAGACACAAAGACUGGGAAUCACCAGAAGAUGGGCUGGCCCAACACCGCCUAUGGUGUGACAAAGAUAGGUGUCACAGUGCUGUCCAGAAUCCAGGCCAGGAAGCUCAAUGAGCAGAGGAAAGGGGAUGGGAUCCUUCUCAAUGCCUGCUGCCCCGGCUGGGUGAGAACCGACAUGGCGGGGCCCAAGGCCACCAAGAGCCCAGAAGAAGGAGCAGAGACCCCCGUGUACUUGGCCCUCCUGCCCCCACAUGCUGAGGGCCCUCACGGGCAGUUUGUUAUGGAGAAGAAAGUAGAACAGUGGUGAGCUCAAUUCACCUGUCCAGGGCUCCAUCCAUGAGCCCCAGUUUAUAGCUGUCCUGAGAUAACUGAUCUGCUGACAAAAAAUAAAUAUAUCUCUUCCCAUACCCCUCCAGGGAGAAUGUCCUUAUGCGGGUACACACUGAGUUGCCUCCUAAUUCUGUGAUGUCUUCAUGUGAUUUCUUCAACAUUGUGUAAAUUGAUGGCCAGGCUAAGUGAAGAUGAAUAGACAAAUAAAUGGUUCUUUAUAAUUCA